AACCAGAACUUUGUUUCUUUCCAGGUUUUAAUUAGGUGUUUCUCUAUCGUUACUUUGUGUUCGUCUCCUCUCUGGAUCUCUUCUGGGUCAUGUUUGCUCCCCCUCCUUCACUGCCUCCUCUUCCUCAUGUCUUUUGGUUUAUGCCUGCAGUCAUAAGCCAGCCCAGACUUUCUCCUCCUCCUCUCCUCUUAUCGGAUCACUUGCUUGCAGCAUGUCUGAGAAGAGGUUCUGUAAGGAGGAUGACUGCUCCUCUCUCCUUUCCCGACUUGGUUCUGACUCACCUCGUCCUCGAAUGAAGUUUGGAGGGAUGUUCUGUAAUGUGGAAGGGGCUUUUGAGAACAAAACUCUGAACUUUGAGUCCUUCAGUCCUCAGAUGCAGCGACGUGGAGCUGCUCAUACCCAAAUGGGAGGCCAACACGAAGGAGCCUCAGCAGGAGGACGGACAGUAAUCUUUCCAUCUGGACACACCCGGGAAAACUACAACAAGAGAGAGGGCGACCGUCUGAUCAUCAAAGGAGGAAAGAUUGUCAAUGACGACCAGUCUUUCUACGCUGACAUCUACAUCGAGGAUGGGACCAUCAGGCAGAUUGGGGAGAACCUGAUUGUUCCACCUGGUGUGAAGACGCUGGAUGCGUAUGGUCAGCUGGUGAUCCCUGGAGGAAUUGACGCCAACACCAACCUUCAGACUCCGCAAAAAGGUCUGAACCCAUCCGAUGACUUCUACCACGGAACCAGAGCUGCCCUGUCUGGAGGAACCACCACCAUCAUCGACCACGUGCUGGUGGACCCAGGAACUAGUUUACUGUCAGCGUUUGAUCAGUGGAAGGAGGCGGCAGAGCAGAGGGCGUGCUGCGACUUCUCCUUCCAUCUGGACAUCACUCGAUGGCACGAAGGCCUUUAUGAGGAGCUGGAGACACUCGUCAAAGAUAAAGGUGUAAACUCCUUCCUGUUCUUCAUGGCCUACAAAGACCUAUACCAGAGCUCUGACUCUCAGCUUUAUGAGGCGUUCGGGGUCCUCCGAGAACUUGGAGCUAUUGCUCAGGUCCAUGCUGAGAACGGUGACAUCAUUGAUGAGGAGCAGAAGAAACUUCUCAGUGUUGGUAUUACUGGACCCGAAGGCCAUGUUUUAUCCCACCCUGAAGAGGUGGAGACAGAGGCAGUCUACCGGGCAAUCAUCAUCGCCAAACAGGCCAACUGUCCGCUCUAUGUCACCAAGGUGAUGAGCAGGUCUGCUGCUGAUGUCAUUGCCAAGGCCAGGAAGAAAGGCGUGGUUGUGUACGGGGAACCAAUUACAGCCGGUCUAGCCAUUGAUGGCUCUCACUACUGGUCCAAAGACUGGGCCAUGGCAGCAGCCUUUGUGAUGAGCCCUCCCCUGAACCCGGACCCUUCCACGCCACAGUACCUGACCUCUCUGCUAGCCUGCGGCGAUCUCCAGGUGACUUCCAGCGCUCAGGCCAGCUUCUCCACGGCUCAGAAGGCUGUCGGUAAAGAUGACUUUACGCUGAUCCCAGAGGGAACCAAUGGCAUCGAGGAGAGGCUGUCUGUGGUCUGGGACAGAGCUGUGUCCACAGGAAAGAUAGAUGAAAAUGAGUUCGUCGCAGUCACAAGCACCAACGCUGCUAAGCUCUUCAACAUGUACCCACGCAAAGGACGGAUUGCUGUUGGAUCUGAUGCUGAUAUUGUCAUUUGGAACCCAAAAGAGACUCGAACCGUUUCUGCAAAGGCUCACAACCUGACCUUGGAGGUAAACAUCUUGGAGGGUUUGGAAUUUCGAGGUGUUCCAACAGUGGUGAUCAGUGGUGGCCGUGUUAUCAUGGAAGAUGGAGAGCUCAACGUCACUGAAGGUUCUGGACGAUUUAUCCCAAGAAAAGCUUUUCCUGACACCGUCUACAAGAGGAUCAAAGCCCGCAGCAAGAUGGCAGAGGCUCGUGGCGUUCCUCGCGGUAACUACGAUGGGCCAGUCCAUGAUGUCAUCAGUAUGACCAAAUCAGUCCCACCAACUCCAACCACCAGGGGGCCUACCGGUCCUAAAACACAAAUUGGCCCCCGAAACCUUCACCAAUCAGGAUUCACCCUGGCAGGGGCUCAGAUUGAUGAUCACAUACCCCGUCGCUCUGCCCAGAGGAUUGUGGCGCCACCUGGAGGACGUUCCAACAUUACAUCGUUAUCUUAACAUUAUUGUGUUAAAUGGUGUUUUUUCAACAAAGUUUUGAGGAACUUCUGUUACUACAUGAUACACUUAAAUUUAGCGAACCUUACAGGUGGUUCCACUCUGGAACUGUCUGACCCUUGAAAUUCUGAUCUGUAGCUCUGUAGUUUAAUUCUUCACUGGAAAUACUCAGACGUAUUGCGUCCCCUGAGUUUAUAUACCUUACAGUAGUUCUUAAUCCUUAAUCAACCGCAUGUAACCCCAUAUUGGUAUAAACUGGUUCCAAGGCAACAACUCUGAAUGCCCUCUGCAGCCUCAGUACCAGAUUAUAAAGCAACAUUUCACCUGACCAACCACAACAGCAGCAUUAGAAGCAUCCUGUGACUGGAAAGAUGUCUACUGAGCUCCAGUACAAAGUGACACUGCAGCAACAUCCCAGCAGCAACCUCACAGCGACAACACAGUGAAAUAGCAAGGAACACUGCAGUGACAUCACACUUACUGUAUACGGUAAUACCACUGUGAAACCGGUAAUGCUGAAAUACUAAUACAAAUCAGGCAUAACAUUAAAACCAGUAAAUUACACCAGCCUCCUUCAUAAAACACUUCCAGGUUGAAUUGGGCACCUAUUUGGCAUCUCCAUGGCUUUGUGUGAGAGGGGUUUAAGUAAGCCUGUCACUGGUAGACCCAUGACCCACCAAUUGAGGUAGUCACGACAAUGCAUUGAUCAGAUACUGUUCUGCUGCUGUCCUAAUCAGCCUUUAUCUCUCAGUUUGGCUCCACCAUAAUGAAAUACAAAGCCUCUCUAAACCAAACUCAGAGUGCUGCCCAGAUGACGGGUAUUUUUGGGUUCCAUAGCCUGAUAAACAUUUAAUCCACAGUACCCUUACAACACCAUUCCUACAGAUAGGAUAUGUUAAAACUAUCUUAGUUUUAACAUAUCCUAUCCAGUUUAAGCAGAAGGAGCACUCGUAGUUGUUGUUUGGGAAAUUCAGAUUAUCCCAUAGCUGAGGUCAUUCUUCAUAUUUAGAUGUUCCCAACUGUUUGUGUCAUUAAAAAAAAAACUUCAUAAACUGUUCUGCAAAUCAGAGAUAAAUGUUGGUAUUCCUCUGACUGCUGAUGGUGCUAACUAACACAGCGGUAGCCAAGCAGUAGCAUUCUUUUUUGAAGCCAGGCACCCUGGAAUCAACUGAGGGCUUUAAUUUGAAAGGUCUUGUCUUUGAGGGACGGAGUUCACAGCCUUAUCCUGUAGCUAGAUGUUCAUUGACAUCAUGUGACUGCAGCCUGUGAUGUCACAGAAUCACAUUUUUAAUGUAAUGUUUUGUACAAUUUUGUAUUUUUACUGUUUUUGUAUCUUGGCAGUGAUUGAUUUGUUGUUCGCAUCAUGCGUUAUAUUUAUGUUCAGGGCUAGUCCAGUUAUUUAUUGACCUCAUUCUGAAUAAGACCCGCUUCUGAUGAACAAUGACCGGAUCCGCUUACCUUUGACGACAGAAUAAUGCCCCCCACCCACCAAUAAUGUUCCCAGUGCAGGUCACACAUCCCUGUCCAGAUCCAUGGCGCGUCGGGCAAGAUGGAUGCAGAGAAACUUAAUCGCAGUUUUCAUCUACAGUCACAAGUCAGUGACUCACCCUGGGUUCUGGGGUGUGGUCGGCCAGGUGUCAGGUCGGGACUUAUGUUAUGGAUACCCUGAGACUGGGUUUGGGUCAAGACUUGGGUUCUGGGUUUGGUAGGUCUGAUGUGGGGUAAGCACUCAUGUCAGGUUAUGAGUGAGGUGGGACUGGUGAUGGGUCAGGACUUUGAGUUUUUGGGUGCAGCGGGACUAAUGUUGGUGUCUUAUGUCUAGAUAUGUUGGAACUGAUGUUUAGGGACUUGGUUUCAGGGUUUGGUUAGACUGGCAUUGGAUCAGGACUUGAGUCAAGAGACAAAAAACAAGCUUGAUCUACUUACACCAUAGGUUCUAUAGAAGGUUGCAGCCAUCAUUGAAAGAAUUACAGAAUCUGCAUAUUUAUUUGUUUUAUGAGAAAAGGUGCAUUAUAGCGCUGUCAAGAGGACAUCAGGAGAAUUCCCCCACCAGUACAUGGUCAGGUUGCUUAACAACUACAGCCUUCAGGACUUUCCAGUUCUCCCACGGAGAUCUCUAGGCUUCUAGCUGGGCUCUUAUGAUCCGGUCAGGGGGGUAAGAAACAUGCCGGGUUUUAUUUAAACUGAGGUCAUUAACAGAGGUCUGUAAAGCAGCGCAAUCAUUGGCUUGAAAUUAAGGUGGGUGGAGUCACCUGGUCUGAGGUGAAGCCAGCAUCAGCUCCACCUUGCUGUUCAAAUAUGGUAACUUCUAGACCCAACCCAAUCAGCCCACCUCAUUGCUUUACUCAACAGAUAGUAUCAGUGUAAGCAGCGCUGCUCGCAUGUUGGUGUCCAGCUGUUGCUAUGGAAACAUGUCAAUGUGUUGACUGAUUUCAGAAGGGUCCUCAAAUAGACAGUUCAACUUUUAAUAAACAGGCUUUUCUAUAGGACACCAUGUCCACUGGUCACAUGACCAGCAGGUGCCGAGUUUGGUCUUCAUGUUUGAAUUGAUCUAAUCCAGGUUUAUCUAAACUCAGAUUGGGUGGCUUCUGGUCGUCUUUCUGUCCUCUCACUCCUGCUCAGUGAUCAUAAACACCACCGAGUAUCAACCACACCUGUGAUGAAGUAGGUCUUGUGAUGGAUGCAAUUUGUAGUUGUAUUGAUAGUUGCAUGAUUAAACUGUGAAGAGAAAAACA